AUGUUGCUCGCCGAGGAUCCCGCGACUCUCAUCCGUCACACGAUUGACAACUUCAACAUCCACCCCGACAAGCUCGCCGUGUCCCGCGUCGGCGAGUCCCUGUCGACGCUGCAGCAGGCGCGCGAGCUGCGCCUCCGCGACGCCGAGUCGUCGCUCAAGAAGCUCGCGCGGCAGCUCGGCGCGCUCUCGCAGCGGCACACCGAGCUCGUCGCGACGCACGACGCCGCCGACCACGCGUCCGCCAUCACCUCGCUCGACAGCCACAAGUUCCGCACCGCAAAGGCGGCGAGCGACGCCGAGGCCGAGGCGGAGCGCACGGCGCUGCAGGCCGCCGACCUCGCGCAGCGGCUGCAGGAGCUGGAGCUGCAGGGGGUCGAGGGCAGCGAGGAGGCCGGCGCGCGGAGGCGUGACUUUGUGGACGACGAGGUGCUGCUCAGGCUCAAGGUGUACCGCAGCCUGGGCAUCGACAUCGAGAGGGACGAAAAGGACGGGGAGUGGGCGCGCGCGGUGAUUCGGAAUGAUCGAAAAGGGGACGUGCAUGUGGUGAAUAUGGAGAAGAAGUUUUCGCGCUACUUUUACGCCAAUUACUUUUGGAAGACGCUGUGA